AUGAAUGAUACUAGUAAUGCGAUACCGAUCGAAAAACCUUUUAUCCCCAAGUAUUUACAAAAUAGUCCUCUAGAUAUUUAUAACAAAGCGGCUGAAAGGCCUAUACUGUUGCCUAGCAAAUGGAGUUUAACUGAUCAUGGGAAGGGUAUAAAGGUGACGGAAAAUCAAAUGGGGAUUGAAUAUAUAGAAUCUGGAUUGACCGCAGCCAUAAGGUCAGAGCGUCCCAUUCCUGAAGAGGCUGGGAUUUACUACUUCGAGGUUGAUGUCAUAAAUAGUGGCCCAAGGAGUGUAAUAGGGAUUGGACUUGCAGGAAAGGAAGUGGGCUUGAAUGAGCAACCAGGCUGGAGCUAUUCAUCAAUCGGGUAUCACGGUGAUGAUGGAUUGUUAUUUGUCGAGGGAGAUUAUAAUGAUGUUAUAUAUGAAAUUUUGUAUUGUUCGGGCGAUACUAUUGGAUGUUGUUUGAAUUAUUACGAUGACAUUGUAUUUUAUACAAAGAACGGAAUUAAUUUAGGAAUAGCUAGUACUAAAAUAUUUAUGGGAGAUAAGUACCCAAUGGUCGGCGUGGAAGACCCAUCAGUGCAGGUUGAAGUUAAUUUCGGUUCAAGACCUUUUAAUUUUGAUAUAGAAUACUACGCAAAGACAAUUUUUGAUAAAUUCAGGAUCCAUAGACGAAACAAUUCAGAACUUGAAGAUGUUUCUUUUGGAAUAUCUGACUUAAAAAUAACGGGAUUAUGA